UAAAAAUUAAUAACAAUGAAUAAGAUGUCAUUUUUAUUAUACAUCUUAAUUUUUGUAGUUAAUAGUUACAUAUAGACUGAACGUUGGUUUGAAUAAUAAUUGAUUGAUCAUUAUGAUAGAACUAAUAAAUAGACAUUUAGAUAGAGAUAUUGGACAGUAGAGGAAUAUUUUUAAGUAGAGGGAGGAGCAGUAAUAUUUUGGAUUUGUGGAGAAUAUACAUGUAAUUUGUAUUAUAAAUUGAAAUAGGUCCAGGAAUAAGAAAGGAAAGAUUGUUUCCAGUUGAAUUAGCAUAGACUCAUAAAGCAUUGAUAGUAGUAUUGGAACAUAGAUUUUAUGGUAAAAGUAUGCCAUUUGGAGAUGAUGCAUUAAAAAUAGAGAAUCUAAAAUAUUUGGGUAUAAGAUAAGCAUUAGAUGAUUUGGCUUACUUUUAAUUAUAUAUUGUGUAAAAUAGAUUAUUUGGUGUAAAGCAAAAUCAUCCUUGGAUAGCAAUAGGAGGAUCAUAUCCUGGUGCAAUGGCUGCUUGGUACAGAUAUUAAUACCCUCAUUUAGUAGUAGGAGCUUUAGCAUCAUCUGCAGUAGUUUAGAUUUAAACAGAUUUUCCAAAGUUUGAUACAUAAGUAAAGUUGAGUGCAUAGAAAUCUGAUUAAGAAUGUGUAGAUAAUUUAAAAGGACUAAAUAAUUAUGCAGAAGAGAAUUUAGAAAGUGUAAGGAGUAGAUUAAAAGCAGAGAGAUUAACAGAAGAGGAAUUCUUAUUUUAUUUUACAGAUGCUAUCAUUUUGAAAGUUUAAUAUGGUGGUAGAAGUAGAUUAUGUAAUGAUUUGAUGGGAAAGACAAUAGAAGAGUAGAUGGAUUAUUUUAUAGAGAGAGCAUUAGUUGAAGAUAAUCCAGAAUCAUAUGGAUCAUUUUAUUUGAGAGAUGAUAUUUAUAAUGAAUAGAAUUUAAGGUCUUCUAGAUAAUGGAAAUAUCAAUGUUGUACUGAAGUUGGAUGGUGGUAAACAGCACCAAGUGAAGAUUCAUUAAGAUCGAGUAGAUUAGAUAUAGAAUUUUAUAAAUAAUAUUGUAAAGAUAUCUUUGGUGAUGAUUUAAAAUUAUGGCCAGAUGAAGAUAGAGGAAAUACAUAUUUUGGAGGAUUUGAUCUUGAUAUAGAUAAUAUAAUUUUUACUAAUGGAGAUGAAGAUCCUUGGAAAUGGGUGAGUAUAAUUGAACCAAAAGGGAAUUUUAAUGUCUAUCAUAUUAAUUGUGAUAAUGCUGGACAUUGUGUUGAAUUAUAUACUCCUAUUGAUGAAGAUUGUAUUCAAUUGAAAUAAGUCAGGAUUGAAAUCUCUUAAAUAUUUGGUAAUUGGAUUAGAUAACAUUAUUCAAAAUAAGAAUUAUGAGUAUUUAUAUCAAUCUAAC